GAUUAAGUACAUCCUUUCCUGGAUGAGCCGUUUUAAUAGCAAUGUAGUGAGAUAAAAACCUCUUCAUGAGCCCCCGCACUCAUGAGCGAAGGCAGGACGGCCGAAAAAACCGCAAAAGACACCCGCGGUUUUUCGAGCUUUUUCGGCCGUCCUGCAAUUUUGGGCUUCCCGUACUUUCGUAACCGAUGUUUCUAUUCGCUUUUCGAGGCAUCCCAAGUGACAAACUCGGCAUGAAGAUUACAUUAGGUAUUCUAAUAGCAAUGUGAGAUUUAGAGCUCUUCAUGAGCCGCACUUAUGGGCGAAUGCAGGACGGCCCAAAAAACCACAAAAAACGAUUGUGCUUUUUCGAGAUUUUUCAGCCGUCCAGCAAUGUUUACCUUCCCGUACAUUCGUAACCGAUGUGCCGGUGGUUUUCGCCUGGAGAGACACUGGGGUCAACCUUCCCAUCUUUUCCGAAGCGGGUUGCGAUUCUUUUCAGAAGACGUUGAUAUUCUUCUUCUUGGACUCGGCCGACCGGAUGGAAGAUCAGGCGAGUCCUGCAGGGUAGAUCUGGAGGAUCCUCUUUUCUCCUUUCCAGAUUAGGAUAACUACGAUGUCGCUUCGUAUUCUUAAGGGAAUCUUUUCGCGCAGGCAUUUAUAAUGGUAGAUCCGUAUCCUCAAGAUGAACGAAAUCCCAUCACAAGAUUCACAACUAGAGUCGUCGGCUGAUGUAAGUGUGUCUCGAAUCUCAAACGCAUCCCCUGCCUAAGAAUCAGCAUGAUAUCGCGCCUUUACCCCAAUUCGCGCCUUUACCCCAAUUCGCGCCUUUACCCCAUAUUCGCUCUCGUAGUAUUGAAGCAUCGGCAAAAUCUGAAAUUCAAAGGUAUAAAAGUGUGAGGAGAUUUAUCUCUUACCUUUUCAGAUCUUUCCAUCUCCUUUAUCACUUGCUUCUUAUAAUAUUGAGAAUAUCGAGUGAAAAAAUCUUUGGCAUUUUUCCAUAGAUAUCUUCAAGCAUCAUAAUCAUAAACAUACUCCUUCUAGCCCUUCAUCCAAAUCAUCUUCUUCUUCUUCAGCUCCUCUACCGUUUGGUCCUUGCGGACCCUUCUCUCUUGUUUCUCUGUCUUUGGUGAUUCCGCGUUGCGUGCGUACCCUUAGUGUAUCGCGUGUUUUGCUGUCCAGCGUGCAGUAGUGGUUUUCCUGCCGAAUUGCCUGCCGUGUUGUUUCGUUGGGCUGUUCCAGCCUGGCCUAGUCCACGAGUGCCACAUGGUCUUGUGGGUACUCGUUACAGACGAGAGACUGCACUUGUAAGGGAAAGAAUGAUGCCAAGUGGACGAAUGACUUGAUGAACAAGUCAAGAAAGUAAAACUAAUUCUUUGGAUGCAACUCCAAAUAAGAUUCUGUAUUUACUGAUGAGAAGCACGACUGAUGAACAACAACAAAUACACGAUGUUAAAGCAUUAAAAAACGCUAAGAAGUACAAGAUGUUAUACCAACAAGUACAAAAUAUUACUGAAAGAAGUACAAGAAAAUGUUACUACAGCAACAAGUCGAAGAAAAUGUUACAACUAAUGACAUUGAGGAGGAAUACAACCGACCAAACACACACCCAGAGUGCUGGGUCCAACUCCUCAGAUUCAGGGUCCUCUCAUUGGGUACAAAGAGUUUGGAGUGUCGUGCGUAUGCUCGACGUGG